AUGUCUCCGCACAGCAAUGCCGACACGUCCGCUCCUCUUGCGACAGGGACGCGAACCGAGGAGGGCACGCACUUGAUGCAUCGGUCCCUCAAAGUAGAGCCCGCCAUGGUCGAGUCUGCAAAAGGCCUCGAGCUCCAUCUCGCAGACGGGCGCACCGUUCUCGACGCGUGCGGCGGCGCGGCCGUAGCCAUCAUCGGCCACGGCAACGAGGAAGUCGCCCAGGCCAUGCUCCGUCAGGCCAGCAAAGUCGGCUACGUGCACACGCAAUCCUACACGACGCCCGCAGCAGAAGACUUGGCCAACUUUAUGCUUCAAGGAAGCCCGCACGGGCUGGAAAAGGCCUUUUUUGUGUGCAGUGGCAGCGAGGCGGUCGAGUCGGCGCUCAAGCUCGCGCGGCAAUACUUUUUCGAAAAGGGCGAGACGGAUCGUGUCCAUUUUGUGUCUCGGCAACAGAGCUAUCAUGGAAACACAAUGGGUUCGCUUUCUGUUUCGUCGAACCUGGCCCGCAAGGUCCCAUAUCAAGGCUUUGGCUACCAACACGUCUCGCAUGUCUCGCCCGCCUAUGCGUAUCGGUAUAAGCUCGACGAGGAAACAAUGGAAGAAUUCACCGAGCGGCUUCUAAAAGAGCUCGAAGACGAAUUCUUGGCAGUCGGGCCUUCAAAAGUCAUUGCUUUCCUCGCCGAAUCUGUCGGCGGCGCCACCGCAGGAUGCGUACCACCGCCGCCUGGCUACUUGCGUGGUGCUCGGGCUCUCUGCGACAAGUACGGCAUUCUUCUGAUUCUGGAUGAGAUUAUGUGCGGCACAGGCCGCUGCGGAACGUACUUUGCCUUUGAGCCCGAAGAUGUCGUGCCCGAUCUUGUUACCGUGGCAAAAGGCCUUGGUGGCGGCUACUGCUCCAUUGCCGCCGUGCUGGCUCACAAGAGAGUAGUCGACGUCAUCCGUCGAGGAACGAGCUCGUUCAACCACGGGCAUACAUACCAGGCACAUCCUGUCGCAUGCGCGACAGCGCUGGCCGUGCAAAAGAUUGUGCGCCGUGAUGACCUUGUAGCGCGGUGCGCGGCAAUGGGAAAGCUUCUCGAGGCCAAGUUGCGGACAGAGCUCAGUGGGUGCCCCUCGGUGGGUGAUGUUCGAGGACGCGGUCUGUUCUGGGCGGUCGAGUUUGUCAAGGACAAAGAGACCAAGGAAACGUUUGACCCUUUGAUUUCGUUUGGUAUCCAGGUUCAGCAGACGGCAUUCGAGGCUGGUGUGGCAGUUUACCCUGGCUGGUUGACUGUGGAUGGCAGAAGGGGAGACCACGUCUUGCUAGCACCGCCGUUUACGGUGGCAGAGGAGGAACUGGACAUUAUUGUCCGUGUCUUGAAAUCCGCCAUCACGGCCCAGGAACAGGUAUAUAUGUAG